GCUCUACGCGCUCGCAUUUUAUGGCGUUGGAAAUAAUUUAGGCGAAAAUGUGAUCCUGAUAUAUAGCCACAUGUGAACUCACGUCUCCCACAUUAUCCAACGCAGCGUUCUUUUCUGUGCGAGCACGUGUGGCGACUGGUAAUAUCCGCUAAAGCAACGGCGAAUAAAAUAUGUAACAAAAUGUCGGAAACUUCAGAAGAUGAACAAACGCAAUUGCAAACAAGCGAUGAAGAGCUAAGCGGCGAGGAAGAAGAAAUUGAAGAGGAUGCCGACGCCGAAGAAGAUGGCGCUGGAAAUGCUGAAGAACCAGACACAAGUGACCCCGAUGAGGCGGACGAAGCAGAAGAGGCUCCCAAAGACGACCAGCCGCUGACAUGGAAAGAUCUAGGCUUAAAUGACACGUUGUGCAAGGCGUGCGAGGAGCUGAAAUGGAAGGCGCCCUCUAAAAUUCAAAAGGAGGCGAUACCUGUUGCACUGCAGGGCAAAGAUGUCAUUGGCCUGGCCGAAACCGGUUCGGGCAAAACGGGCGCCUUUGCUUUGCCCAUUUUGCAUGCUCUGCUCGAGAAUCCGCAGCGCUACUUUGCCUUGGUGCUGACGCCCACACGUGAAUUGGCUUUCCAAAUAGGCGAACAGUUCGAGGCGCUGGGCAGCGGCAUCGGCAUCAAAUGCUGCGUCGUGGUCGGCGGCAUGGACAUGGUGGCGCAGGGUUUGCAGUUGGCGAAGAAGCCGCACAUUAUCAUUGCGACGCCCGGUCGUCUGGUGGAUCAUCUGGAGAACUUGAAGGGCUUCAAUCUGAAGGCCAUCAAGUACCUGGUCAUGGACGAGGCUGAUCGCAUACUCAACAUGGACUUUGAGGUGGAGCUGGACAAGAUAUUGAAGGUGUUGCCGCGCGAACGGCGCACAUUUCUGUUCAGCGCGACGAUGACCAAGAAGGUAAAGAAGCUGCAGCGUGCCUCACUCAAGGAUCCCGUCAAGGUGGAGGUGUCCAACAAAUACCAAACGGUGGAUCAGCUGCAGCAGUAUUAUCUCUUCAUACCAGUCAAAUAUAAGGAUGUGUACCUGGUGCACAUCCUCAACGAACUGGCGGGCAACAGCUUCAUGAUCUUCUGCAGCACCUGUAACAAUACCGUAAAGACGGCGCUGAUGCUGCGCGCCUUGGGACUCGCCGCCAUACCGCUGCACGGCCAGAUGUCCCAGAACAAGCGUCUGGCGGCUCUGAACAAAUUCAAGGCGAAGAAUCGCUCCAUCUUGAUAUCCACGGAUGUGGCCUCACGUGGCCUGGACAUACCCCAUGUCGAUGUGGUGAUCAAUUUCGAUAUACCCACGCACAGCAAGGACUACAUACAUCGUGUGGGCCGGACGGCGCGUGCCGGUCGCUCCGGCCAGGCCAUCACCAUGGUCACCCAGUACGACAUUGAGCUGUAUCAGCGCAUUGAGCAGCUGCUCGGGAAACAGCUGCCGCUCUACAAGUGCGAGGAGGACGAGGUCAUGGCGUUGCAGGAGCGCGUCGCCGAGGCGCAGCGCACCGCCAAGCUGGAACUCAAGGAUCUGGAGGAUAGCAAGGGCUACAAAGGCGGCAAGGGGGGCAAGCGUGCUGCCGCCGACAUCGAUGAUUCGGAGCAGUUCACGGGGGCGCGCAAGCGCAUGAAGCCCAUGGGGGGUAAUAGGGGCAAGGGUGCGGGGGCUGGCCGUGGCGGAGGCGGCGGAGCGAAAAAGAAUUGGAGCCGGGGCAAAAAGAGAAACUAGCCUUUAAGUUUAU